AUGGCCGCGGCAGCAGGUCUGACACAGAUGGCUUUGCAGCUCAUCAUGACACUGGAGCACCUGUCCAAGGAGAAUGCUUGGAGUUCGGGGCUCUCAACUCCAGAUCUGGUUAUCGUUCUGUUCCAGACAAGCGCUGCCGUGCUGAUGGUCACUGUCUGCUUGGGCAGCUGUCUGAAUUGUGAAUUGUGCCGCAGCUUUUCAGAAGCACUGUGGGCCUGCGCCAUCGGUGCCAACAUCAUCGCCGGCGUUCUCCACAGUCGAUGGUGGCGAUCAUGGUUGGCGGAGAGGGAUCUUGAUUUGACAGAGACGACAUCGGAAAUCUCUGCCAUCCUUCUCAGUGUUGUCUUUGUCGCAGUUGCGUGCCACUGUCUUCCGUUGCGGUGUUGCUUUCUGGGUCCCCUGGUAGUGCUGGCUGCAGUGGCCAGCAGCCUGCAGGCCACGAUGAGUGGCGGCCAGAUGUUAGGUGCACAACUUCUCAAUGCUGCUUUGCUGCUGUUCCUGCUGAUAUCCUCGUACUGUACCGCGCAUCGAAGCGAGCGGGAAGUGCGUGUCGGAUGGCUCCGUGGCUCUUCUCAGGAUUGCCGUGUGCACGAGGCCUAUGCAGAGAAAGAGAUUUUCAAGGCUGCCUUGGCACGUGACCUCAAGUUGUUCAAAUUGUACGGCUGCUUCCUGGCCUUGAGCCUUCACGAGGACUUUCAGAUCGGUAGCGGCUCUCUCGAAGCCGCCAAGGCUUUCUUUGGCCAGGAUGUUGAGGGCCUCAACUUUCUGACGCUGGUGGACAAACCCGACAGGGAGAGCUUCUUGCAGCUCUGCCGGCACAUAGAUGGCUCGCGGAUUCCGCGACGGGUGACGAUGAAACUGAUUUUGGAAGCGCAUCCUGCUGCCUGCCAGUUGGUUCUGUUGUAUCACGGGCGUCCAGGACGGACAUACCUGCUUGGCAUCAGGUCACUCCGAGGCAUCCUCACACACAGAAGGCCCACAAGCGGGGCGAAACAGGACCCUGGUCCUCAAGACCAACAGGAGACACGUCACCCUCUUGCACCAGACCACGUCAUCCCUGCUCCUGGGCAUCUGAACCCGAAACCACCAGAACAGGAGGAGCUCCAAAAGCUGGAUCGUGAUGACUUCUCUGGCUUCAGCAGUGAUCCUGAUGGGAGCUCGGCUAGCCUGUGCUACACUUCAUCAUCUGGUGAUAAGGAUGCUUCAGGUUUCAGUUUUCUGGUGGGCACGGACGGGGCGGCCCAAACUGAUCCAACACUGGGAAAAGCUGAUGCCUGGGUCGAAACAGACGCAGCGUGGUCGGAAGAUGGCUUCCGCUGCCGGUGCUGCAGCUUGCCGCCAUGCCCACUGGACGAUGAGCAGAGAGAUGCCCUGGCAUGCAGCAACUUUAAGCCGCGCAGGCGCAAGCGUAAGCACUCCAGCUUUGAAGUGCUGCAAGGGACCUGGGCGCUGGAACCUUCCUUCGCAAGCAUUGCGCAGAAGUUCAUGCACCGCCUGACCUUUAUCGGUGACAGGUGUAUUGAUGCCUUGGGGCAGAGGUGGAAGAUCACAGACGAUGGUGACUCUCUUUACCUGAUCAAGGGACGCGUCUGGGUAAGCGGAGGAGUGCUCUUUCGGGAGGGCAAGUCCGGAAUCGUCAUGCGCUUCCAAAGAGAAGAGGAUGCCGCCGCAAGCUUUGAGGAGGAUGAUGAUUUGGAUGGAGACAUGGGGGAGCAGGACAGCCUGCAUGUGCUGGAGAACAUUGUCUCACAAUGCUACGACGAUCGCUCACGGGUGCAAGAUCUUCUUCUGGAGCUCUUGCCCGAGUAG